AGCGGAACUAGCCACUCGUGUGCACCUCGUGAAACGGAAUCCACGCCUCUGCCCCCGAUGAUUCACCCUUUAGAAAGAACCGUGACGCAGUGAUAAUUACACAGGUCAAGCCGGCACUUUCAGCUCUGUUAGGUAGCGUUAGGUUUGACGUUCUGCACUAGCCAACCUAAAAAGCGUGAUGUGGGAACGAAAUCCUAAGCCUGUCCAUGGAUAUGAACACUGGUGAAUUUGGUUAUGGCCUAUUUAUGCUUCCUAGUAUACAUUGCAGUCGCUCGAUUGUCGUUCGAAUUUGUAGCGCGGGCUAUCCCCCGUGCUUCCAACCGUUUCGCUGCUGCAGUCCUUGGCUGGGGGAAUCUGCAGCUUUGUACACGCCCCGAAGCAUGCGUACAACGAAGAGGGGAGUUGCUCGCUUCCAAGCGAACCGAGCCGCAGUUGGGGCUGCGAGUACCCCAGGCGCUCCAAAUGGACCUGUCGCUCUGUCGCCAGAGCAUGCAGCCACUGCACAUGAAUUGGAAGUCGAUGGGGUCGCGCAAGACGUCGCCUUCGCUAGGCUCGCCUGUGCAUUCUUCUCCGUCAUUCUCGCGCGCGUCCUCCGCAUCUUCGAAGUAGACUGGGAGAGAAACCUCGCUCCUCACCUGCUCUCCACGCGUCUCCUUCCAAUGCCGCUCCUGCUCUUCUUGCCUGUCCCGCUUCCACUCCCAUGUCCGCUCUCUCCGUCUUUCGAUCAACAGCGAAAUGAGGAUUGACUUGGCUAUCCAAGCGAAACGACUUCCCGCCCUGCUUCCUCCAAAGCGGGGAGUCUUCACCGACUGUGCCCAGCUUCAUUUGGUGCUUCCUCGGUUCGGCAGGGGCGUCAGCGCAUUGAAGAGCCGUUCCCUCCAACUCGCGAUCUUCUUUGAAAAGCUCAAGAGACAGGUCCGUUCGAAGCCACUGAGGCGGGAGAGCCGAACGGAGGAAGGCGGCCACUGACUCCAUGGACUGCCAGGGUGGCAGACGAUAAAAGGGCAAGUGGAGACACGCGACACCGGCGCACUCGAGUCGGAGGCGCUUCUGCCGCGUUUUGCCAUCGCAAGUGAAUCCGACGGGGACCACGAUGUCCCCAUGCGCGCCGUUGUAGACCUCCUCGGUUGUCCACUCUGGGGCGUCGAAGGCGACUGUGUAGCCGUCGCUGUUGACACUUU